GGCAGGGGGCUGUGAGGCUGGCGGGGGUGGGCAGGCACGCAGCCGCCGACCCUCGGUGGUCUCCUGGGCUGGGGACCCUUCCCUGGGAGUCGGCCCCGGCUCCGGUGGGUCGAGCGUUGCUGGGGCGGAGGGGUGCGCGGCAGCGAGUCCUGCGUGAUCGAGAGCAUGUGGUUUUGGCCAAAUUGGGCGAGGGCACAAAAUAACCACUUACCCCUUCUCACCGAGGAAGAGCGGGAGAAAGGCUGUGUCACUUUGGGCCAUUAAAACUUCCCUGCUGCUUGACUUCUUAUCCAUCAAAACAGAACAAAGAGUAUAUAUAAAAGAAUGUGUGAAAAAACAGUGCCUGGCACGUAUGGCACAGUCACAAGGGUGGGUGAAAAGAUACAUCAAGGCCUUUUGUAAAGGCUUUUUUGUGGCGGUGCCUGUGGCAGUGACUUUCUUGGAUCGGGUCGCCUGUGUGGCAAGAGUAGAAGGAGCAUCGAUGCAGCCUUCUUUGAAUCCUGGGGGGAGCCAGUCAUCUGAUGUCGUGCUUUUGAACCACUGGAAAGUGAGGAAUUUUGAAGUACACCGUGGUGACAUUGUAUCAUUGGUGUCACCUAAAAACCCAGAACAGAAGAUCAUUAAGAGAGUGAUUGCUCUUGAAGGCGAUAUUGUCAGAACCAUAGGACACAAAAAGCGGUAUGUCAAAGUCCCCCGUGGUCACAUCUGGGUUGAAGGUGAUCAUCAUGGACACAGUUUUGACAGUAAUUCUUUUGGGCCGGUUUCCCUAGGACUUCUGCAUGCCCAUGCCACACAUAUCCUGUGGCCCCCAGAGCGCUGGCAGAAAUUAGAAUCUGUUCUUCCUCCAGAGCGCUCACCAGUACAGAGAGAAGAGGAAUGACUGCAUGAAUCUACCUGAGUUGCUGGCAUUGGGAUGCCAGUUACUGGAGAGGAAUGGAAAAACGAAACCUCCAAAAGGGAAAAAAUUCCAACAAUAUGAUGCUGUGUGAGAAAAAUUUACAGCACAUUAAGACGAUCUGUAUUAUUAAAUAAAUAAUUUUCAAAUGUUAAAACAGUAUUAAAUGGCACCUGAUUUUGUUAAAUUUUAGUUUCCUGUUGUUUAAUGCCCCCAAAAUAUGCAGAUCUUUGAGAAUAUAAAAAUACUGCACCCACAUGUCUUAAUGGGGCUAAAUUUCAGAUUAUUUGUUACAUGUACUUAUUAUAUUGAUUGUUGGAUUUUGAUUUUGGUGCUUGCUGCUGAAAUAAAUUGAAAAUUAAUAUUCAAUAAAAAUGAUGUAUUUGCCACUUACUGUUAAGGUAGAACAAGAAGGAACACAUGUUAUACAUAUAAUGAUGGGAAUUAUAUUGUGAUUUGUAGUAUCUACAAAGUAGUAAAUGCCAGUUAGGAAGAACAGUAAACAGUGAUGUUAAAAUAAAACAAUGAUUUG